AUGACCCAAGCAAAUGGACAACGGAUUACGAGCGCAGUCUGCAUAUGCGGCAAGGUCUGCAAGAACUCGAGAGGUCUGAAGAUCCACCAGACUAAGAUGGCCUGCCUUGGGAGGGAACAAGUGAAGCGACGCUCAGAAACGGCAGCAGAUGCAACAGUUCCUGUUGUGCCUGCUGCAGAACCUGGUCAGACGGAGGAGGAGCCAGGUCCGGAGUCUCCCCACAGUACCCGGAACCUCCAAGCAACACGUUUCCCCCCACCAAGCAGAAAAUCGGAACACCGCCGGGUAAAGUGGCCUGUCGCUAACAGCAAGGAGUGGACCAAGCUGGAUGAGGACGUAGAUGAAGCCCUGGAAUCCAUUUCGAAGGGUGACGCUGACCAGAAACUUCAAACCAUGUGCUCCCUCAUAAUAAGCAUAGGAGGUGAGCGUUUUGGAGUGGAACAGAAGCAAGGAGCAGCUAGAAACCCAGCAAAACUCAAUCGGCGCGAAGUCAAGAUUAGCGAGUUGAGGCAAGAACUCAAAUCCUUAAGACGUCAGUUUAAGGCAGCCAAGGAAGAGGAGAGAACUCCUCUGUCGGAACUCACUAACAUCGUAAGAAAGAAGCUCAUCACGUUGAGGAGGGCCGAAUGGCACCGAAGGAGGGGAAAGGAAAAGGCACGGAAGCGAAGCGCCUUCAUAGGCAACCCCUUCACCUUCACUAAGAGGCUUUUGGGCCAGAAGCGAAGUGGUCACCUCGCUUGCCCUGUAGAAGAGAUUGACCAUCAUCUCAAUGCCACCUUCAGUGACUCUUCAAGAGAUCAAGAGCUUGGCCCUUCUGAGGCACUGGUGACUCCAGCAGAUCCAGUGUCCCAAUUCAACAGUGAUGAACCCACCCUGGCAGAGGUUAAGGAAGUUGUGAAAGCUGCUAGAUCUGGUUCGGUCCCCGGCCCCAGCGGUGUACCCUACAAGGUCUACAAGCAGUGUCCACGGCUCCUCAAGCGUCUGUGGAAGAUCUUGAAGGUGAUUUGGCGGAGAGGGAAAGUCUCUGCUCAGUGGAGAUACGCGGAGGGCGUCUGGAUCCCGAAAGAAGAGAACUCCAGCAACAUCGAGCAGUUUCGUAUAAUCUCGCUGCUCAGCGUUGAGAGCAAGAUUUUCUUUAAGAUCCUGUCCCAACGACUUACCGAGUUCCUCUUGAAGAACGCCUACAUAGACACCUCUGUCCAGAAGGGGGGAGUACCUGGAGUGCCUGGGUGCCUGGAGCAUACAGGAGUGGUGACACAGUUGAUCCGGGAGGCAAGGGAGAACAAAGGAGAUUUGGCAACUCUCUGGCUUGACUUAACCAACGCCUACGGAUCUAUCCCGCACAAACUUGUUGAAAUAGCACUGACAAGACACCAUGUUCCUGGGAAAAUCUGUAACCUCAUCAUGGACUACUACAACAACUUCGAAGCAAGAGUCUCCUCAAGCCAAGUAACAUCUGCCUGGCACCGCCUAGAGAAGGGCAUAAUCACUGGUUGUACAAUCUCAGUGUCACUCUUCUCCUUGGCAAUGAACAUGAUUGUCAAGUCUGCGGAGGUUGAAUGCAGAGGGCCAAAAUCAAGAUCUGGGACCCGGCAGCCCCCCAUAAGAGCUUUUAUGGACGACUUGACAGUGAUGACCACAUCUGUGCCUGGGUGCAGGUGGCUCCUCCAGGGGCUUGAACGGCUCAUCACAUGGGCAAAGAUGAGCUUCAAGCCAGCAAAGUCCAGGUCUCUGGUCCUAAAGAAAGGUAAAGUGGCCGACCAUUUCCGCUUUACAGUUGGAGGGUACUUGAUUCCAACGGUGACCGAAAGACCUGUUAAGAGCCUGGGCAAGAUCUUUGAUAGCUCCCUGAAGGACGCAGUGGCCUUGCAGCAGACAAAGAGCGACCUGACCUCAUGGCUCACAGCCAUCGACAAAUCUGGUCUCCCAGGAAAGUUUAAAGCCUGGAUGUACCAACACGGAGUCUUGCCUAGAAUACUCUGGCCUCUGUUAAUCUACGAGGUACCAAUGACAACGGUUGAGGUACUAGAGAAGACCAUCAGCCAGUUCCUGAGGAGAUGGCUGGGGCUCCCUCGGUCCUUAAGCAGCAUUGCUCUUUAUGGCCAUUCCACCAAGCUGCAGCUCCCUCUCAGGGGACUGUUGGAGGAAUUCAAAGUCACCCGCUCCAGAGAGGUAAUGAUGUACAGAGACUCCGCAGAUGUCAAGGUCGCCUCGGCAGGAAUUGUUGUUAAGACCGGGAGGAAGUGGCAGGCACAAGAAGCCGUAAGCAGAGCAGAGGCGCGGCUGAGGCACAAAACCUUGUUGGGUACUGUGGCAAGGGGAAGGGCAGGCCUCGGCAGCUUUCCAAAGCCACGUUGGGACCGGGCCCGUGGCAAGGAGAAGCGCCAACUGGUCCAAGAGGAGAUCCGUGCAGAGGUGGAGGAAGAACGUUGCUGCCGGAUGGUCAGCAUGUCCAAACAAGGGGCGUGGACAAGGUGGGAGCAUGCAGAACCUCGAAAACUCACCUGGGCAGAGCUCUGGAGAGCUGAACCUCUGCGCACAAAAUUCCUCAUACAGUCUGUGUACGAUGUCCUCCCAUGCCCCGCCAACCUGCACAUCUGGGGCCUAGCAGACACUCCGGAGUGUAAACUGUGCCAAAGGAGGGGCACCUUGGAGCACAUCCUGAGCUGUUGCCCAAAGGCACUAGGGGAGGGGCGGUAUCGCUGGCGCCACGACCAAGUUUUAAAAGCCCUGGCGGAUUCUAUCUGCGCAGCGAUACAAAACAGCAAGUCCCAGGCCGCCCCGAAGCAGUCAAUCACCUUCAUCAGAGCAGGACAGAAGGCAAGCCGCCAGCCCAACUUCUCAGGAGGGCUCCUGGCCACCGCUCGUGACUGGCAGCUCCAUGUUGACCUGGGAAGGCAACUCAAGUUCCCGGCCAAUAUCGCUUCCACGUCACUCCGCCCAGACAUGGUGUUAACAUCGGAGUCAACCAAGCAAGUGGUGCUACUGGAGCUGACUGUUCCCUGGGAGGAGCGAAUUGACGAAGCAAAUGAGCGAAAGAGGGCCAAAUACGCUGAGCUCACUGUAGAGUGUCGGAGUAACGGCUGGAGAGCCCGCUGUGAACCAGUCGAGAUUGGGUGCAGAGGUUUUGCUGGUCACUCACUACAGCGUGUGUUCAGAAUCCUUGGCAUUAGAGGACUGCAGUCGAGAAAAGCCACCAAGAACAUCCUAGAGGCCGCAGAAAAGGCCUCCCGGUGGCUGUGGAUCCGUAGGGGGGAUCCGUGGUGCGCUACUUGGACACAGGCCGGGGUCUGAUCACC